GGGAGCACAGUUCGUUGUGCGGUGUGCGAUGCCCUAAACGCGUGGGCCGAAAGGGGAGCCAUGGAGCAAGCUUUCGAGCUCCACAGAACGCUUUGUUGGUCCACGGGUGUAUAACCCUAAGACUUGGGGGGGAGAGGGAGGCAAGAGAAAGAAGUCCCAAAUUCGGGGAGGAAUCGGGGGUCCCCUCGACUCUCGAAGGCGACUCCCGGCUUCCCCGUUGGAGAGCUCUUCCCCCCCCUCCACUUCCUCCUGCAGGUCACGCCGACCCUAUUUGGGAGUUUGGGGAGGAUCCCUUGGCCGGCCGGGAUGGGCGGCGCCGGAGGUGGUAGCGGAACCGCCCCUUCGCUUCUCACCUGCGCUCGUGGAGGCAGAGGAGGCCAGUUCGAGUCCCGGGGGCGGCGAGGAUGGCGGGGCCGAAGCCGGGGGUGCGCUCGGUGCUGGGGGCCAUGGGGUUCGGGUGGCGGGCCGACCGGGAGGCCAGCGGGGCCAUGCUGCGCGCUUUCUUGGAUCGCGGGCACGACGAGGUGGACACGGCGCACAUCUACGGCUGGGGCGAGUCGGAGCGCUUCCUGGGCGAGCUGCUGCCCGCCGCCGGAGCGGCAGUGAAAGUGGCCACGAAGGCCAACCCGCUGGAAGGGAAGACCCUGAAGGCCGAGAGCGUCCGGGCCCAGCUGGACACCUCCCUGCGGCGGCUGCAGCUGGACAGCGUGGACCUCUUCUACCUCCACGCCCCGGACCACGAGACCCCCGUGGAGGAGACCCUGCGGGCCUGCGAUCAGCUGCACAAGGAGGGCAAGUUUAAAGAGCUCGGCCUCUCUAACUAUCCAGCUUGGGAGGUGGCCGAAAUCUACACCCUCUGCAAAGCCAAAAACUGGGUGCUGCCCACGGUGUACCAGGGCAUGUACAAUGGAAUAACCCGCCAAGUGGAGACUGAACUCCUGCCAUGCCUUAGGCAUUAUGGGAUGCGGUUCUACGCCUUCAACCCCCUGGCAGGAGGGCUUCUGACGGGGAAGUACAAGUUUGAGGAUAAGGAGGCUGACCAUGAACCGGGCAGCCGUUUUUUUGACAAAUCUUUCGGGAAAAUCUACCAGGACAGGUAUUGGAAGCAGCAUCACUUCCAAGGGGUGGCCUUGAUCGGAGAGGCUCUCCGCGAAGCGUAUGGGCCAGAUCCGCCCAGCCUGACCUGCGCUGCGCUGCGCUGGAUCUAUCAUCACUCCAAGCUGCAGGUAACGGCGAGGAGGAACCUCCGCCCAGGCAUGGGCUAGAUGGGGCAGAGGGUG